AAAACUAGCAGGAUCUUUAAAGCAGUCUAAGCCGCGGGGACCUGCAGCCUCACCAUGCGCCCUCUCCCACACGGAGCCCUGCAGGGCUGCUGCGUCCUGCUGCUGUGGACCUUCACCCUGCUCUCAGGACUUCAUGAUUGUUUCAACAUAGACACCCGCAGCCCCCGCAUCAUCAAGGGCUCCAAGGCGGCACAGUUUGGCUACACAGUGCAGCAGCACCAGGCCGGCGGGCAGAAGUGGUUACUGGUUGGAGCUCCACUCGAAACCAAUGGCCAGUACCAAACUGGGGAUGUCUACAAAUGCCCAGUGAGCCGGAGGUCCAGGGGGAGCUGCUCCAAGCUUAAUUUAGGUAGGAUAUCCCUGACCAAUGUAUCUGAGCGCAAAGACCGGAUGAGGCUGGGGAUGUCUCUGGCCUCCAACCCCAAGGACAGCAGCUUCGUGGCCUGCGGUCCCCUGUGGUCCCACGAGUGCGGCAGCUCCUAUUUCAGCACCGGCAUCUGCUCCCGGGUCAAUGCCAGCUUCAAGUUCUCCCGCACCAUAGCUCCCGCCUUCCAGAGAUGUGACAACUACAUGGACAUUGUCAUUGUUUUGGAUGGAUCCAAUUCCAUCUAUCCAUGGACCGACGUGCAGGAAUUCCUAAUCAACAUCCUGCAGAAGUUCCACAUUGGACCAGGCCAGAUACAGGUUGGAGUAAUACAGUACGGUGAGACAGUCGUCCAUGAGUUCCACCUGAAUGACUUCCGCUCCGUGGAAGAGGUCGUGAAAGCUGCUCGCAAAAUCGAUCAGCGAGGAGGGGAGGAGACACGGACGGCCUUGGGCAUCAAAGUGGCACUAUCCAAGGCUUUUAAACAAGGAGGGCGACGCGGUGCCAAGAAAGUGAUGAUUGUGGUCACGGACGGAGAGUCGCACGACAGCCCCGACCUCCAGAGGGUGAUUGAGGACAGCGAAGACGAUGACAUCAUCCGCUACGCCAUCGCUGUGCUGGGAUACUACAACCGACGUGGCAUCAACCCGGAGACCUUCCUGAAUGAGAUUAAGUACAUCGCUAGUGACCCUGACGACAAGCAUUUCUUCAAUGUGACAGAUGAAUCUGCGCUGAAAGACAUCGUUGAUGCCCUGGGAAACAGGAUUUUUAGUCUGGAAGGAACCAACCAAAAUGAGACGUUUGGCCUCCAGAUGUCCCAGGCGGGCUUCUCCUCUCACGUUGUGGAGGAUGGGAUUUUAGUGGGCGCAGUGGGGGCCUAUGACUGGAAUGGAGCUGUGCUAAAGGAGACCCGCAUGGGGAAGGUGGUGCCCCCAAAAUCCUCCUACCAGAAGGAGUUUCCUGAGGAGCUGAAGAACCACGCCGCUUACUUGGGUUACAUGGUGACGUCGGUGAUGUCUGUGAGCAGCGGGCGGCUCUAUGUGGCAGGAGCCCCCCGCUUCAACCACACAGGCAAAGUCAUCAUCUUCUCCCUGACCAACAACGGCAACCUAACCAUCCUGCACUCGCUGAAGGGGCAGCAGAUCGGCUCCUACUUCGGGAGUGAGAUGACACCGGUGGACAUCAACGCAGACGGGGUGACAGACCAUCUCCUGGUAGCAGCUCCCAUGUACUUUGGUGGGGGCUGGGAGCGAGGCAAGGUCUACAUCUACAGGAUGACGGAGCAGCUUCAGUUCAUCUUAGAUGGGGCCCUCGAGGUUCUGGACAGGGGGCAGAAUUCUCGCUUUGGCUCGGCGCUGAGCCCCAUCCCAGACCUCAAUGGGGACCAGUACAGCGAGGUGGUGGUGGGUGCACCUCUUGAGGACGACCAUCGGGGGGCGAUCUACGUCUUUUUCGGUCAGGAUAACAGGAUACCGCAGAACUACAAGCAGAGGAUUGCUGGGGCUGAUCUUUCUCCUGGCCUCCAGUACUUUGGCUGUAGCAUCCAUGGGAAGAUGGACCUGAAUGAGGAUGGGCUGGUGGACUUGACGGUGGGCUCCAUAGGGGCGGUUGUGCUCCUCUGGUCUCGCAGUGUUGUGCGCAUUUAUGCCAACGUCCGUUUCGAACCCUCCAAGAUUAACAUAUUCAACAAGGAUUGCCGCAGAGGGGGCAGGGAGGUCAGCUGCAUGUCAGCCAUCGUGUGCCUCAAUGUGACGGCCAGAACACCAAUUCUGCCAACAAAGGAAGUCGCGCUGACUUACAGCACCUCCAUCGAGGAGCGACGCUAUACUCCGAGGGCUGUGCUGGACGACAGCGAGAAGCAUCAAUCUCGAAACAUCAGCUUACUCCCCGGGAUGGAUUCCUGUGAACACGUCUACUUUCACGUCUUGGAGUCGACAGACUAUGUCCGCCCCAUAGUUUUUACGGUGGAAGUCGGUCUUCAGGACCUGCAUGUGGGCCCCAUGCUGGAUGAUGGCUGGCCAACCACAGUCAGGACUGAGCUGCCCUACUGGAAUGGCUGCGAUGACGAUGACCACUGCAUUCCCGACCUCGUGCUGCAGAGUCAGUCUGACCUCUUGGACAGCAGGCAGUUCUGUGGGCAAGCGGUUCGCUCCAGAGCGGCCAUCUGCCGGCAGCUGUCGGCAACGAGGGGGUCUGAGCGGAUGGUGGAGGGGACACGCAGGAAGAUGCUGAUGGAGGUGCGUCUGGAGAACCGAGGAGAAAAUGCCUACAACGCCCACCUCAACAUCUCCUACAGCCCCAAUCUGCGCUUCUCCAGCCUGAUAGUUAAGGACAACUCUGACAUCAAGAUUGAGUGUCGUGGUGAGGGCAGGAAGAGGAACGAGAGAAUGUGUAACAUCAGCUCGCCCUUCAUGAGGUCUCAGGCUCAGGUAUCUUUCCGGCUGGAGUUUGAGUUUAGCCACUCAGUGUUCCUCGAACACGUACGGGUGAUGCUGGAGGCAGCCAGUGACGGGGAGGAAGUCAACAUGGCUGACAAUUACAAUGACAUAUAUCACCAGCUGAGAUAUGAGGCCGACCUUCUUUUUACAAGGGACUCCUCCCCCUCUCGGUGUGAGAUUAAAAGUGAGCGUGCCUUGGAGAAGCCCACCAGCAGGAGGGCCCCCUUUAACUUCACCUUCCAGAUACAGAAUCUGGGCUAUUUCCCUGUGAGAAACCUGCAUCUCAGCAUUGAACUGCCCCAGGUGGUGAAGAGUAAGAUGCCAGUUUUACAGAUAAGUGACUUCCACAUCGAUCAGACAGACGGUGCUCGCUGCAUCCCCCCUCAUAAUGUGACGCAGGGUCAGGACCCCCCCGAGGACCUUUCCCCACAGCUGAACGUGUCCGACAGUGUACCGGUGCCCGUACAGUGCAGCGUCAGCCUGCCGGCCUACAGAGGGGUCACCAUAACAAUCGGCGGCCUGUUGCUCCUGGACAGUCUGAGUUCUCUGAAGUUCAGGAGCAUGGAAGUGGUGACCACAGCAUCCAUAGAGCUAAGUCCAUCCAGCCCCAUGUUCCUGCUAGAAGACAAGCCAGUGCGGCACAUAAUUCUGGAGGUUAGAAAAGAGGAGGAUCAUCGUGUUCCCGUAUGGAUCAUAGUUGGGAGUACCCUGGGGGGGCUCUUACUGCUGGCCCUGCUCAUCUUGGCCCUGUGGAAGCUCGGGUUCUUCCAGAGGCAGAAACGGCGGGAGGAGGAACAGGAGGCCAACGGGAAGGCGGCGGAAGAGCGGUAACAGAGCCCGCAUCCCGGGAACAAGCUGGCCCAACACUCAGGGACCAUCCAAAACAGAGUCCGCCGACAGCUCUGAGUCCAUAUGAGACGCAACUGCUUUUUGUGCACUGGGAGAACUGGUCCUCCACCAAGACUCACUGCUGACCCAGAAACAGCCAGACAUGCGCAGCUCAGCCCGCCUCUUUUCACCUCUGCACCAAUCAGCUCCCACCCAUACUGUAUUCCCUUCACCAGAAUCUCAUGGGGUCGGAUCCUCAUUACCUCAGCUACAGAGGAAGUGUUUCUGCGAUUGUGAGGAGGCUGUAAUUUGUCCUGACAAAUCAGGAGGUAAUUUAUGAAACGCCCUUCUGAGGAUGGUGACCUCCCUCCUUUCACAUUUGUGUCCAUGUGUGGAGCAGAACCCCUUAUGAUCCUUCUACAACUGGUGGGAGAAAAGCAGUUCAUUGCUGAAAGGAGUGAACAAAUGAGGGCCCUACCAGAAGGAGCACAUGGCCACACUGCAGUGGACUGAAGACGGGCACUGGACUAAACUGCAGGCCUUUCUGCUGUGCAAUCAGAAGGCCACAGUGUCUUCAGCACAAGGAAAGUGCACGAAAUUGCAAUGUUCCCCGUCGAUAGCCCUGAGAAUACUGGUAUCCAGAUCUCCCCUUUUUAGUAACAGAUACCUCUCAGUGGAUGACGAGUAGUUUCCUAGUUUCUUAAAUUGGUUUUUACAUUCUCACCUACCUGAUUUGUAACAAUGUAUUAAUAAGCUGCGAAGACUUUGCAGAUCAUGCUUACAUGUAGAUGCACUUUUACGAUGUAUAAACUUGAAUUUUGUAAAUAGCCAGGUACCUUUUAUACAUUUUUUUACUUCCACAAGCACUGCGGCGUAGCUUUCCUGUUUCUGGCGAGUUAGUUUGUACCAAAACGCUUCACACAACAAAUACCCUUUAACUAGAAAGGAUAUGCACAUUGAACACAGUUAAACCAGUUGAUUUUUUGAUGGACACAGCCUUUGGAUUUCUGGAAGAUCAUCCAUGCCAUACCCGCUUAACCACAAAUUUGUGCAGUCAAGCAAAACAAUGUUAAAUAUUUAUUCUUUAUCUUGCCCACGUUCUCAAUAUGUAUGUUAAUAACUUGGAAUAUAAAAAUGUAAAAGUA